GGGGAAUUCAUUCACCGCGAGAAGAGAACGCCGAGCCCCGGCCGAGCCAUCACAGCAGUCCCGACGCUUCCGCAGCUCGCGUUUCCUGCACCUUCAAAACGGCACGCAAUCCGAUCGCGCAGAGAGAGAGAGAGAGAGAGAGAGCGAGCUUUAAUCGGAUCUUCGCCUCGCCGGAGGGAAAGCUCUCAGCUCGCAGCAUCCGCCGCGCGCGAACAUGUCGAGAGAGCGAGCGAGGAGAUCGACCCUGCCUCCCGCGCAAGAGAAUAUCGGGAAAUUGGAGAAAGUGGUGAGCGAGGGCAAUUUCUAUGGAGCUCAGCAGAUGUACAAGUCUGUCAGUGCUAGAUACAUAGCUGCUGAGAGGUAUGCGGAAGCUUUGGAUAUCCUAGAGUCAGGCGCAUGCCUACAGCUGCAGAACGGUCAGAUUACUUGUGGAGCCGAGCUUGCUGCUUUAUUUGUGGAGGCACUAGUUAAAGGAAAAUAUGCUUGUGAUGAUGAAACGCUUGAUCGUGUCAGAAAAAUCUACAAGAAAUUUCCUCAGAUGUCAAUACCAGAACGCUUGGGCGAUGACGAUGACAUGCAGCAACUUUCAGAAGCCCUUGCAGCAGCAAAAACACGUGUAGAAUGCUGCUCAUCAUUCUUGAAAGCUGCUCUAAAAUGGUCUUCUCAGUUCGGACCCCAUAGGGCUGGAUCACCAGAGCUUCAUUCUAUGCUAGCAGAAUACAUUUACUCUGAAUCUCCUGAGGUGGAUAUGGCUAAAGUGUCCUUUCAUUUUGUUAGAGGAAACAACCCAAAGAAGUUUGCCUCAACUCUAGUAAAUUUUAUGGGAAAGUGUUAUCCUGGUGAAGAUGAUCUGGCAAUUGCACGAGGAAUAUUAAUGUACUUAUCUUCAGGUAAUUUAAGAGAUGCUAAUAAUCUGUUGGAUGGGAUAAAGCAGCAGCUGGAAUCAAAACAGCAGGAUUUCCCCAAGUCAGAUUUGAUGCAGUUCAUCGAUUAUCUUUUACAAGUAUUACAGAGAGAUGCAUUGCCUCUUUUCAAUAUGUUGAAAGGGAGUUACAAGCCAAGUAUAGAUAGGGAUCCAGCAUUCCAUGAGUUUCUAGAUCUAAUAGCAGAGAGGUUCUAUGGCGUUCAACGCAGAAAUCCCUUGCAAGGGAUGUUUGGAGAUAUCUUUAAGAUGAUGGGAGGUGAAUAGUCCUUCAUGCAACUUUGCGGUCUUUCCGAUGAAACAUGCCAUAUCCGAGCACAGGAGAGGACUCCCUUAGCAAUUUUGUACAUUAUUUUUGAAUUAACAUUUACUGCAAAAAUUUGACGGGAAGUUGCAAUAUUCGGAUGAAACUUAACAAAACGGAGUUCUUUGCUCUUUGUUCUGGUAAUUAGUUCUCCAAAGCAACGUAGUAGCCGGAA